CUAUUUUGGUUUAAAGUAGAUCUAAUCAAUUGGUUUGCAAUUAAAGGGCCAGCUUCUAUCAUGAACAGUGCAGAAAAUGAAUUAUCGCUGAUAGAAAGUUGCAAAAAGCUGAGGCAAAAUGAAAUGAAACUUGAAGAGCUUUCAAAAAAUCUAGAAAUUGAAUUGAAUGAAUUGAACUCGGAGAAAAAGAUUUUGGUUGAAAAAAUUGAAAAAGCAAAGGAGCAAGCAUCAAACAAUGAGCGUGAAAUGUUGUGUAUUGAGCAAAAAAACAGUAGUUUAAAGGAAGAAAAUAAAAAGAGUUUGGAUGCUAUUAUGAAAACAGCAGUCGAAGUUCAAGACUUGAGCUGGAAGAUGGAUUGGUUUAAGAUUGUAGCUGAAAAUCAAAAUGAGGAAUUACGGAAAAAAUCUGAAAAAGCUCAAAAUUUCAAGGAAGAGUUGAUAAAAAAGAUUAAAAGUUCAGCCGAGCCGAAAAAAGAAGAUCUGAAUGAGAUGGCCCAACUUGAGGAAACUGUAAAGCGCCUGCAAGAGGAGAAGCGGAUUUUAGAAUCGAAGAACUUGAAACAAAUGGAAGUGUUGGUACAACAAGAUAUCGAUAAACUUGAGAAAAGGAACAAAAUGCUACUUGUCAGAUUACAGCGGCAAGUUGCUGAGUCACAAAAGCGGAAGCAACAAAUGAUGGCUCAUUUGAAUGGUCUGAAAAAUGCUAAGAAUACUUAAAAGUUAUAGAACUCAAGAGAAGUAAUGCAAUACCAUAUAUCUUUCGGAAGACUAGUCUGUUUAGUAUUCGUAUAAUAUUCAUCUCAACGUAUUUCUCAAAUGAUAAUUGCGUCCGUAUCAUAUUUAAUUUUCUUCCUAGUUGUAUGAGCAAACAAACGAACCAAUUAUCUCAGCUAAUUGUCAUUCAAAGCUACAUUUAUGUUCACGCAUAUCAAGUUUUGAAAAUUGCUGAGAAAUUCUGAAUUCACAAUAAAUCAUUCAAAAUA